CACACGAAAGAUUUCACAGUAGUAGUCCACGAGGAAAGGCGUGUGGAUGUAGAGUGUUUUACUCUCGAAGUUUGUGAAAUAUAUUGGUUCAUGCAUCGUACCCAAGACAAGUGUUGAUAUAAGUUGGCAUCUAAACCAAAAGUUAAAGUAUUUAGCGUAUUAAAGGGAAGAAAAAACCCACAAAUAAAUACAUUCCGUCUUUGGAUAGUUUGCUAAUGUUGUGUUGAAUAUCUUGUACAGUGACGGACUAUCAGUGGUUUUUAAGGUACGUUGCAACACCUGCCACUGCUGGCUGUAGCAUCUGGCUGACGGGAGAGCGGGUGUGGGCGCCAUGGUGAUGGUGCUGCGUCGGGUUCGAGUGAGGCAUCUGGCCGGCGUGUGAAGCACCUGGAAGGAAACCUUACACGGAAGGAAGGAAGGAAGGAAGCUACAAGAAUGAUGCGUUUGUUCCGUCGUCGGCACAGUGAUCCACGUCUAGCAGCCUCACCCUCCAAGGAUGGUGGUGGAGGUCAAAAGGGCAGGGCCGCCGCCCCUGCUGCUGCGCCACAGGCGAGUAAGGGACAAGCCAGGACUCCGUCGACGCCCGCGGCGGGGGACAAGGUGGUGGUGGCGGCGGUGACGAAGGGGGAGGAAGUCAAAAGGAAGGGGGGAACGUCUCGCUACCAGACUGUGACGGCCGUACCCGCCAGGGUUCUCCACCUUCCCGCCCCUGACGCCGCCAUACACUGUCCUCCCGCCUCCACCACUUCCACCACCUCAUCCACCGCCGCCUCAACCACAGCCUCCACCACCUCAACCACAGCCUCCACCACCUUAACCACAGCCUCCACCACCUCAACCACAGCCUCCACCACCUCAAGCACCACCUCGAGCACCGCCUCGAGCACCACCGCCUCAGCCACACCUAAGACGCCAAAGAAAGGUCUGGCGACGUGGGGCAGGCGUGUGGGGAAGAAGCUGGAGCAGCUCACCCGCACACCCAGCAAGGAGAAGGUCAACUCUGGCGGGUUCUCCAGGUCCAGCUCCACCAGGUCUGUGAGCACGGCGAGCGCGUCGCCGUCGUCGCCACUACCAGGGUUAUCGUGGGGAGGAAGGUCGGUGCCAGGCACGCCCUCGCCGGAGAGUCGCAGCGGAGAGUGUCGUCAGCUGUACCGCUCCUGCUCGGCGUCGCAGCUGGGCACGUACCUGGCAGCCGAGGACCCUGCAGCUGGCCUGGACCUCACCCGAACUCCACCCCACACCACUCCCCCCAACACCGCCGCCAUCUACCUCCCCACCAAAACCGUCAGCUGUGAGAAUAUCUCCUCGCUGGGAGGUGCCAGAGCUUCCUUCCCUCAUGCCUUCCUCCGCUCCCGCCCUCCUACCUCCCAGCAGCAGCCUCAGGAGCUGGCCGCCCAAGCUCCCAGUGACACACCGACGCGCCCUUCCAGCAGACGGAUGACCACGCUGCGGGACUCCGUCUGCGACGAAGACACCAGAGAACUGAUACGACAAAAAUUAAGAGCUGUAUCGGAAGAGAACUGCGCCAUCAGCCCUGCCCAUCGAGGGAUUAGUGGCCUCAAACUGCGACUGCACCCAAUUCCCGCACCUCUUCAGCCGCGAACUCGCUCCUUCUCGGCGACUACCAUCACAGAAACCGACGUCAUUUUCUCAUCCACUCAACAAGAGGCGAAGCAACAAGCAUGUCCGCCCCAACGGCCCCACAGGUACCGGAGUCGCAGUGAGCAGAGGUCAGCGGCCGUGUACCUGAGCAGCAACGAGAGCGGCUACGAAAGUGACGGGGGAGGCGCUCGCCACGAGUCGCCCAAAGCUCGGGUGAAGAAGACAGAGAGCGACGCCGACUCAGGCGUCAGCACAGAGAGCCACUCGGAGACCAACUCUGACUCUGGCUCCUUCACUGGUGCUGACCACCCUGCCUUCGAUCAUUACUCUAAACUAGACAAUUAUGCCAGACUGGAGAAGUAUGUGAAGCCCGAUAAUUAUCCAAAUCUUGACAACUAUGCUAAACCUAAUAAUUAUCCUAAUCUUGAUCAUUACAGUAAACCAGAUAAUUAUCCUAAUCUCGAUAAUUACUCUAAACCCGAUUACUCCAAGCUGGAUGACAUGCCAAAAGUAGAGUUGAGAAGCAAGUCGAGCAGCUACCACGAGUCACAGCCGACGACACCACAGUGUGGCGAGGACUACCCGGACUAUGGCAGAGCCUCGCACUAUAGCCGUCACCAGACUGAGCACCAGCCUGCUACCCCGCUUGUUCACAACUUGACUGACGAGGAGAAACUGGUCCCAAGUCGUCCUCGGGGUCCACGGCGGCUGUCUGACCCUCAGGACCUCAUCAUUCGUCGCCAGAGGUUCUUGGCCUCUCAGUUGGAGCGCCGCACCUCACCGCUAAGUCCGCUACGCGGUGCUCUCAGCGUGUUCAGAGAGUCUGGCGAGGAUGGGGAAGGUCCGUGUCCAUGGUGGGAGGGCAGCACGCCUCUACGGGGACACCUGAGGAGCCAGGCGUCCUCCAGACCAGUCUCCGAUACCUAUUCUUCAGCGCCACUCUCCUUGCCGGUGUCCCUGGCGCACUCGCCCACGCCGCGCACGUUUCGGCUGAUGCGGCUGGUGAAGGACCACACUGGGGAACUGGGCAUCUACAUCACUGCCCGCAGGAACUCCCGCGGUGCCACCACAGGAUACGUCAUCGCUCACAUAGAGAAGAACGGCCUCACAGACAGGGAUGGCCGCUUCCGUGUGGGCGACGAGAUCAUCAACGUGAACGGACGGCGUCUGCGCGGGGUGACGCUGGACGAGGCGCGACACAUCUUGCGCAGCACGCCUAAGGAGGUGGACAUCGUCAUCGCCAGGGAAGUGGACCUUCAGCACCACCGAGAGUACAACGCCGCCUAUGCCCCCGCCCAAGAUGGCAAGACCGUCGAGGCGGAGGCCGCUCAGAGGCUGAGCGAAGCAUGCGGCGAGCUUUAUGCUGCCGACAGAGCCUUUAGGAGCGAGCUUCUGAGCAACGAGGAGGUUCUUGGAGUGAGACGGGAGCACCUUGAUGGCUACACCUCUGGUAGCUUCCCGCGCAGGAGAGGAUCUUACUCGGAUUAUGACGAAUACGCGGACUACACCACCUUGGCGCCGAUGGAGUCUUACCUACCGGGUUAUGACCCAUCAAGAGCCACGGUGUCUGUGUCUGGCCCCGUGUCCGUCACAGUUCCUAUGCUGGAAAGCCCAGCUUCUCUUCCAUCCAACCUUCCAGCGUCUAUGCCAUCGUCCCCUGCCACUACAACCAACUCGACCACCUUAUCGUCCUCAGAGCACACCCGCAGUGAUUACUAUGAAACGUACGAGUCUAGAAAGUGUAAUCUUCCUCGCUAUGUUAACGGCGAAGCCAGAUAUUCCUCCUCGCACGACGUGAGAAAUGCAAAUGACGUGAGAUACUCUUCAGCCAGUGAUGUGAGACUUUGUGGCAAUAAGGCUUUUUUCAGUGACAUUUACAAGUCGAAACUCAUACAUGUGGAGCCUGAGGACUGCCAGGUGCGAGAAUAUAGACCCUCUAGUAUGAUUCAAAGGUUACAGGCGACGCCCCAGAAGCAGUUGUUGAUAGAAACUAAGUCCUUCCCCAGCAGGAAGUGCCCGCCGGUCACCCAAAGAUUAUCAUGUCCACCGGGAUCUGUCAAACUUCCCAGCCCCUCGAGGUCAGAGCCCCGGGGACUCAGUUCGACACUGCCGCGACGUCCCAAGUCUGUCUCCAUGUCGGUGCAAACAGUAGCUUUCGAGAAGGGCCGCGGCAGGAAGUCACUUGGGUUCUCUAUCGUCGGCGGGCGGGACUCCCCGAAGGGCAGCAUGGGCAUCUUCGUCAAGACCAUUUUCCCCAACGGUCAGGCUGCCGAGGAGAACAAACUCAAGAACGGUGACGAGAUCUUGGCGGUGAAUGGCAAGACGCUCUCUGGCCUGAGUCACGCAGAGGCCAUCGCGGUCUUCAGGUCCAUCCGCGCCGGCAAGGUGAUCAUGCACGUGGGCCGCAGGACCUCCUCCAGCACAAGGUCUUCAAAGUCAAAAUCUUGUGACGAGUUGGACAAGAUGGAAUAGAAGAAACACUGCAGUAGUCUCCAGGACGUGUUCCUGACGUGUCCCUGACGGCUGGGACGAGGGUAUCCCCUGCCGCCUCAGAUCUUACACUCAAGAUACCUGCCAGAUGUUUUGUAUUACUAAACACUUAACAAAGUGUCGAGUGUGUCCAUUGUGUGGCUAACCAAGCAUAGAGCCAAAAAAACAGUAGUCACCACGAAGACUGUCAAGCGGUUCGACUAAAAAUGUUGACUUGGUGGAAUGACAAGGUGGAAUUGUCACUGAAAAACGGACGAAACAGUAUUAUCUUCUGGAGUGAAAUAGCGUUGGGUUUUGUAUGGAAGGAGAGUGUCGAAGAGUCCAACCCCUCGCAGUUGUCACCCUAUAUAAUGUGUUCUGACGACCUGUGUGACUAUGCACACAGUAAAGUUUAAACAAUCGAUAUUAAAGGGUGAGGUUCAUAACGCAGGCUUUUGAACGUUAUACUUACUGAGAGACUUGUGGCGUGCUGUUGACUUAUUCUUGAUACUGCACUAGAAGCACCAAGAAUCUGAGCCAAUAGGGUGUGUGGGGUUGCCUUUAAGGAAGUGAUGUGGUCAGUGAACCAAUACAGCGGAUUGUACAGUGAAGGUCUGACUCUUGAAGUGAAAUGGAAGAGGUUGCACCAAAGGGACAAUUUGUUGGUGGAAGUCUCAGCAUCAUCCCAAGUAGAGGAGAGUGGGACAUGGACCGUCCCUUUUUUGGUUUUGAGCCGGGUGGAAAUCUGUAAAAGGAAUGGUUGUGGUCGACCAGGCACAUGUACCCAACUUAAAUGUACAGGGCUACUUAUCAAUGUUGAGAGGUCCGCACACAUACUGGUAGUCGCCUGGAUGUAGCGGGCUACUUGUCAAAGUAUUUCGUAUACAUCCGAUUUUAAACAGUCGUAUUUUGGACGUAGUAAAGGAGACCCAACCCUGGAAACACAAACCGAAACUGUCUCUAUUUUCCGCUUGUUACAACUUGUAAUAAAGUUAUUACAUCUUGGCUUAACCUGUUUAUGACUUAUUAGAACGUUGUUACAACUUGCUAUAUUGAUUGUUAUAACUGGUUAGGAAGUGUUAAAACUUGUUCGAACGUUGUACCAACGUCGUAGUUUCGGUGUGCGUUUGGCGGGAAGUCUUUCCUGAGCAUUUUCAUGUAGUUUCUGACAUGAGAGAUCACCUUUCCAGUAAGUGUUCUCAAUUAACCUUUCAGGGAUCUCAACAUCCAUAUGUACUUGCCUACUUGUGACACUUAUUCCAAGUUGCUUCCUAGUCAUUCCAGUAUAUGUACUCGCCUAUUCAUACUUAAUUGCAUCAUACUUAAGAGUUCAUCUUUCCAGCAUAUGUACUUGCCUCUCUGUUUUUGUCCAUUAGUAUUUCUCAUACCAUUCCAGAUAUUUUCCCAAACAAUUCCUAAUUAUUUCAGUGUGAGUGCAAGAAUGAGAGUGAGAGCAAGUGUAGGUGAACCUGAGUGUUCUCGCCUAGUUGUGCUUGCAGGGGGUCAAGCUUCAGCUCUCUGGUCCACCGUUUUAGCUGCGAAUCUAUUGGUGUACAGGUUCUCAAGCAUACUGAGCUCUAUUAUAUCUACAUUUGAAACUGUGUAUGGAGUCAGCCUCCACCACAUCACUUCUUAAUGCCCUUCAUUUAUUAACUACUCUGAAACUGAAAAAAGUUCUUUCUAAUGUCUGUGUUGCUCAUUUGGGAACACGGCUUCCACCUGUCCCGUAGUGCGAAUACCACCCUUGGGGACGACUGUUUGAAAUCGGAUGUAUACAAAAUGCUAUGACGUGUAUAUCCACUCUCUACUGAUAAGUAGCCUGAUACAUCUUGGUGAGCUACCCGGGUCCAGCUGACCACAACCAUUCCAGAUUACCACCCAGCUCCAAACCUAAAAAAGGACGGUCUACGUCGCACUUUCCUCUACUUUUCCCAUGGACAACAGAUACUUGUAGAAAUGUAAAUAGCUCGACCUUGUUCUUUUGCGAGGCAGCAAGCCAUGUUCUGAAAAUUGACAAAUAUUUCUUAGGUAAGUGAAGGUAUGAACAACUGAAUUAGUUUUCAAAUUGUAUGGUAGUGAAAAAUAAUUUGUACAGGUUCGAUUCCCCACUGCAGGACAGAGACGUUUGGGAAACAUAUCCUUUCACCUGAUACUGCUGUUCAUCUAGCAGUAGUAGUUGGCUAACAGUUGUGGUUACGACUAACUUGGGGAAGGUUAGUCGUUCGCCUAGGGAAGAGGGGGCAAGUGUUGGGGACCUCGUUAAAAGUAACAAGCUUCCUGUCCCUGAGAAUAAGAGUUUAUGUACCAGGUGAAUCCCUUCUCUCGUGUGUGUCGACAGGUGUAUUCCUGCCUUGUGUAUGUGUGGAGAUGGGUAUAUUCCUGGCUUCGUGCGCGCGUGUGUGUGUAGGCGGGUGUAUGCCUGUGUUAGGGUGGUGCAACAUUAAAGUUAAUAUAUUUUGUUUAAUCUAGAAGUUGCUGGCAUAAGUACAAUAUAGUUACUUAACUUCCAAUUAAGUUCCUCUUGCGCACACACACAUACACACUAUAAUUAUAGUGUUUCUUUUCCCGACAGUUGAGAGACGGGACCAAAGAGCCAAAGCUCAACCCCGCAAGCACAACUAGGUGAAUACGUGCGCGAGCACACGUGUACACACACACACGAGAGAUGUACAGACGUUAAUUGUGCACCUUCUUCUCUUCACUUUAUUCCAUAUAUUUUUGUUACCCAAUUUUGGUUCUAGUCUUCUUUAUUAUCAACUGUUGUCGUUUUGUAAAAUAAAAUUUCUGUUGAGCCUC